AUGGGUGAGAGGAAAUAUCAGUGUCCUGAAGUAGUUCAGAGGACUAAUGAGACUAUUGAGAAGAUUAGAGAUCGGAUGCUCGCUUAUCAGAGUAGACAGAAGAGCUACGCUAAUCCUAAGCGUAGAGACAUAGAGUUCCAGAUUGGGGACUAUGUCUUCCUCCGUGUUUCGCCUUUGAGAGGAGUGAAGUGGUUUGGGAAUAAGGCCAAGUUGAAACCUAUGUUUGUGGGAGCUUUUGAGAUCCUGGAGAGGAUUGGACAAGUUGCCUACAGGUUGGAUUUACCUUCGGCAUUGUCAGGAUUUCAUAAUGUAUUCCAUAUUUUGAUGCUUCAGAAAUAUAUAUCAGAUGUAACUCAUGUUUUGAGUAAUGAUGAUCUGGAGCUACAUAUAGGUUUGUCAUAUGAGGAGCGACAAGUUCAAAUCUUGGAUAGAAAGAACAAGGUAAGACUCAAUUGA